AUGAAGCCCUCAUAUGUGGGAAUUUGUGGUAGCGACCUCCACGAAUAUAUCUCUGGCCCUGUUUUGAUUCCUAAAGAAAAACAUCCAAUUACCGGAGAAAAGUCGCCAGUCACAAUGGGCCAUGAAUUCAGUGGCAUAAUCGAAGAGGUUGGCGAGGAUGUCGAAGGCUUCUCCGUUGGUCAACGAGCUGUUGUUCGACCAACAAUAUACGACGGGAGCUGCUCAGCCUGUCAGCAGGGAUGCGAGCAUUGCUGCAAAAAUAUUGGCUUUAUUGGGUUGAGUGGCUACGGCGGUGGUAUGGCUAACCACAUCGUCGCCCCCGCUGAACACUUCUAUCAUCUUCCUGAGAGCAUAUCUCUGAAGGUAGCAGCUCUCAUCGAGCCGUUGGCAGUUGCAUGGCAUGCUGUCACCAUAUCACCUUUCAAAUGUGGUGACAACGUCCUUAUCUUAGGCGGGGGCCCGAUAGGCAUCGGGAUGAUUCAAGUGCUUAAGCUGCAAGGUGCAAAGACAAUCUUUGUUGUCGAACUCAUGGAUAAUAGAAAGGAGCUUGCCAAAGUUUAUGGUGCCACAAAUGUUUUGGAUCCCCGUGAAGAGGACAUCCCCAAAGCGGUGCACAAGUUGACCGACAACCAGGGCGUGGACGUCAUAUUUGAUACCGCUGGCGUUGAAGGUGCACUGAAUGGAGUCAUUCCUGCAUGCCGAGUUCAUGGAACGAUUGUGAAUAUUGCGGUCUGGGAGGAGGCGCCUGCUGUCAAAGUGAAUGAUCUCACUUACAAAGAGGUCAAUUAUUUGGGUGCUGCAUUAUAUGACGAGACAUCAUUCAAGGAUGUGAUUAAGGCACUGGAACACGGUCAAUUGAAGCCACAAAAGAUGAUCACGGCGGAGAUAAAGCUUAGUGACGCAGUGGACAAAGGCUUCCAACAACUACUCGACCAUCGCGACCAGCACUGUAAGAUCCUUAUCGAUGCGCAAGCAUCAUAG